CGCUUGAAAAAUUCCGACCUGCGGAGUACGAGUCGCAAGCUGCGAUCCGGUGGACUCCAUCUCCUCUAACGCCGGAUUCAUUCAGCAGCAACCUCAAUGCAAAACUACUCUCUGCAGGUCUGCAGCCUUCGCUCGUUCGCUCCUACGCCAGUCGUCGCUCGAUGUUCGACUCGCACACCUCGCGUUACUCAGAAAUCUGCAUCGCGCGUUUCACAAUUCGUACUCGAGUACCGUGUGGGUGUCCAGCAUUAAAAUCACCUAAUACGACCGAUAAAUCCUCGCAGAGAAUGGCCUAAGUGUUGUCCAAGAAAACCUGCAAUCAAACAAGAAUCAAUGAUCACAAACAUAAAUUCAUACAUUUUGGAUUAAAAAGUGAGAGUCGAUCUGAACUUGCCGUGCAAACCUUGUGCGUUGUGUGAGUGUACAUUCCCGCUUCCUCUAAACGAGCAAUCAUGUAGGUAGGCCAGUUGCCAGCGUUUGCGUGACGAUCAACAAUGGUGAAGCGCAUCAACAAGAAUCACUACGUCGCGACGCAGCGCCAUACGGACUCGCCGACACCCGUUCAUGUAGCCCGCAGCGUCUACUCCGACGGCGAGGAAAGUCAACGAGCGCCAUCGGAGCGCACCCUAUCAGAAUACACACCGUACACGGUGGUGAACGAACGAAGGUAUUUAAAUGCACGCAAUCCACCGCCGCGGGCUUCUUCAGCACUAAGUAGACACAGUGCCGGUUACGACAAUGGCAGUGAUAUCUACGUCACGAGCGGCGCAUAUAAAUCACCCUCGGAAAUCAGCCGAAGUAGGGGCGCGCCAAGUCACUAUUCUUAUCGCAGCGCGCGUGCACCGUCGAUUGCCAGUACCGCAAAAACACGCAACUCACGGAAAGCAGGCGUGACGAUAGAGACUAUGGCGGCGCCUAACCCCUUCUGUCCCAACAUCAAGGGCAUGUGCUGUCUGAUGCUUCUCCUAAAUUUAGGCAUUAUCCUGGUGACACUUGGCUUCGUCAUCGUAAUACAGUUUUUCGAGCCAGCAUACGUAUGGUUUUUGGGAAUUGUUUUCUUGAUCUUCGGUUUUCUCACGUUGAUUGGCAGUUUAAUAUACUGCGUGGUAGUGUGCCGGGAUGCAAAACGGCCGGACGAGAUUCACCCCGAAGAUUUAUACUGGACCCACCAUUGGCAGAAGUCCUUUGGGACUGUUCCGCCCUCUGAAGUACACUACAAAACAAGCGAGAAAUAUGCCGACGAUCGGUACUCGGAUCGAUAUUCUGUGAGCAAGCUGAGUGGAAAAUAUUCCAACUCACACUCGCGCAACGGACGAUACUAACGUACUCUUCAAUCGAACAAAUUAAUACGUAAUAGUAAUUAAUUCUGUGGGAUGAAAGGACAUAAAGUGACUCUAUAGUCUAUCGACUAAUAUGAUUUCAUAUUGUAAAACAAAAUGUAAAUGUGUUUUUUUUUAUUGUAAUUAACUUGUAAUUAUUAAAUUAAUAGACGACUAAACGCCUA